AUGUACAAUUUGACGCAUCUGCAUCUGCAAUGGAACAAAAUAACAAAACUCGAAGGCUUGGACAAACUGACGAAGCUCAAGAAAUUAUAUCUUAAUAACAAUUGUAUCAGUGUCGUAGAAAAUCUGACGAUGUUGAAAUAUUUGGAGGAGUUGCACAUUGAGAAACAGAACUUAGAGGGAACGGACGCAUUAUGUUUUGAUCCACGGACUGUUUUAUCUAUUGGCGCGACUCUAAGAGUUUUGAAUAUAUCGGAGAACAAGUUGACGGAUAUCACAUGGAUAAAGCCUUUACGUCGCUUGGAAGUCCUUAUUGCCGCGAAGAACAAGUUGGACGAUGUACAGGCCGUAGCUGACGAACUCUGUACUCUGGUCUGUUUGGUGGACGUUAAUUUUACUGACAACCCUAUGACGAAGAAACAUAGAUACAAAGAAAUAAUAAUCGCAAGAUGUUCACAAUUACGUGUCCUCGAUACAGUUCCGAUACACAACACCUCGAGGGUAUUCCUGCAAGGCUUCGACAAGGCGGUACGACUUCGCCAAAUGAAUGAGCGUCACAAAUUGAGCAUGUCUAAACAGGGCAUCGAGGACUUUUUCGAACUGAACAUGGGCGGACCUAUGACGCGAAGUGCAAUAUCUAUUGGGGAGCAAACGAAACCACACUCCAAAUUUACAAUCAUAGAUUCAACGUACGGUUUUAUACCGCGGUCUUUCCAAGCAAAAACUACAGCGAUCCGGGAAAACACCAUCUCAAAGCCAGAAGCGUCGGCUAAUGUCUAUCAAUCGCAGCAACAUCUUGCUUCUGGGGCGCCUGUAAAAGGAAUCUUGAAGAAACCAAUGCCCAUGAAAUAUAUA